GAGAAGAACCCCCUAUUUCUAGCUUUCCCACCGUUGGCUGGGAAGGCCCCCUUUUAAAUAAACAUAUAAACAUGUUCCUGACCUGCGGAAUGGUUCCAGCCGCCACCACCAUGGAUUACAAAGGAGAUUUCCAAGCGGGUUACCAGGAAAUCGACGGCAUCAGUUUAGGUUACCUGCAGAUUAACGGCACGCGGAUGUUCGCUUUGACCCAGGUCUUCAGCGACCUCUUUAAGGACAUCCCCCGGGCCACCGUGAGCAAAAAAAUGGAGAGUCUAAAGAUUCAGAGCCGCCGGUGCGACCUGAAGGAGCUUCGCACCCUCAAAGCCAUCCAGUCGGUGCCGAUGCGCGCCGUCAAGUGUUCGCUCAUCUCCAAGACAGACCUGGAGGCCCUCUGCACCUCCUGCAAGGCCCUGGCCCCCAGGAAGAGAAAGAGAAAGAGGAAAUGCAAGAGGAGGGACCCCGGGGACCUGUUCAAUCGGCCCCGGUUGCUCCCACCAUACGGUGCGUCCGACAGCGCCUUCCGUGCCAGCGUCGGUGCCAGCUGCGCCAAGCGGGACGCGCUCUUAGGGGGGCCUUUCGCAAGAGAAUACGAGAAAGCCGCGCAGUCCCUCAAAAGCUACAACCGGAGCGAAAGAGAGCAGCUCCUGGCUGGCGUGCUGAGCUCUUACCCUGGAGACUUGCAGCUCCUGCACUCGGCAGUCAGGGCGCACGGAACCGACCCACCGCCUGGCGAGCCAGAUGCUGGGCGCACCAAGCGUUCCGCUUGCGGAUGCCUAGCCAAGGAGAGGGCUCCUUCGGCACCCUUCGCGGGCUCCAAGAGACAGGGCACGUCAGCCGGCUACUCCAGCGAUUCGGAUUCCAGCGGCGCGUCCAGCCCGGGCAGCUCCAGCGACUCGUCGGAAGAGGAGGAUGACGACGAGGACGAGGAAUCGUCCUGCAGCAGCGAGGAAGGCAGCUCCUCCGGAUCCGAAAGCAGCUCCCUGUGCAGCGGGGACUCGGUGCAAAGCACGCGCUACAGGCAGGCGGCCCUCCCGCGCAUUCCAUCCCAACCUGCUUCCUCCCCAGCUUUCCCCGGUGUAGCCAAAGCCCUGCGCCCCGACCCGAACCUGCUCUUCUGGGCCCGGACGCUGCGCGCCUCCACUUUGGAAAGUUUCAAGCCGGUGGCAACCGGUGCGUCAAAGGAACCCCAGCAGGAGGAACCGGAGCCUCGCCUAAAGGAGAAGCCGAGAAACGCUCCUACCUCCCCUGUCCGUUCCAGCAGCCCCAGGGAGGGCCCGCAGCCAAAGAACGGAGGAUUUCAGGAAGCAUCAGAGUCGUGCGUCCAGCAAGAAGAGGCACAAGAAGACCUCUCGAAGGACUCAGACUCUCUGAGCUCCAGGGAGGACCUCCGCGUUGGUGAAGCCGACAAGGCUGAGGAAUCGGAUCUCCAAAAUGAUUCCAAGGAAGGUUUGGGAAGGGAGGCUCAUUUCGACAGGCUUAUCAGGCAGUCGAAGCUGUGGUGCUACGCCAAAGGCUUCAAUGUGGAUGGGAAAGGCUUGCGCAAGGCCGAGCACGCCAAGGGGAGUUCCUCUGCUUCCAAAGCCGGCCUCUUCAGCCUGGUCAACAAACCUCUGAAAGGCGGCAGCGACUUGGAGAGGAACACCAAACGCAGCCGCAUCGAGCAGGCCAAGGGGAGGCCCCCAAAGAUUCCUAGGAAGACGACGACCAAAAAGGGGACUAUCCCUCCUUGCAAACGGCUGCUCAGCACCACCAACCCAGCUCCUGCCAGGAAUCCCUUUACUCUUGCCAGGAAUCCCUUUACUUUGAUGGGCACCUUUCCCUGUACGCCUGCCUUGGUCAUUGGUUCCGACGGGGAUCUGUGUCCUGCGUCUUCCCUGUGCGUAAAAGACUCGUGCACCCUUUCAAAAACACACCCGCUUUGGACCUGGCAGCUGGGGGGCAGUGCCAUCCCCGUGCCCCCCAGCCUGAAAUUCCGGGGAUGCAGUUUAGAUUACCUCUAAAUGGAGGAUUUAAGCUGAUUUACGUGC